GGCAAAAUGAAAAUCCUCGUGGUAUUUCUGGUGGCACUGACCAUCUUUGGGACACAAUCUCACGGAAAUGAGGUUUAUAAUAUCAUCAGCUCAACCGCCAACGGUGGCCAGAUUCAGGAGACAAUGACAAUUGACAAUGAAAAAAAUACUGCCACCGUUAACAUCCAGGCAGGAUCAUGCUCCUCUACCACGAUUUUUGACUAUAAACAUGGCUACAUCGCGUCCAGGGUGCUCUCCCGUAGAGCUUGCUACAUCCUGAAGAUGGACCACAAAGCCAUUCCUGCGCUGGACGAACUCAAACGGUACACCUUUGAGAAGCAGACUCUGAAGAACAUGUUCUCUGAUAAAUACAUCUGGGUCAAGUACAACCCACUGCGGUCUCUGAUCACAAAUGUGAAUUGGUUCCUGUUUGGGUCACCCAUCAGGCAACUCUGCGAAAAUGUCCCCUUGUAUAAGGGGGAAGUGGUUGAUAAGACAAAUGAUGCCAGUGCUGGAGCCUGUGCAAAGGUGGGGCUCCUGGGCAUCUUGGGAAUUUCCGUCUGCGCAGACCUUCAUGUUUAAG